UCCUUAUGCAUUACUAUGGUUAUUGUUUUGGCUAUUGCCUUGAUUAUUGCCUUGAUUAUUGCCUUGAUUAUUGCCUUGGUUAUUGCCUUGGUUGUUAUCUUGGUUAUUAUUUUGGCCAUUACCUCCUACAUUUCCUUGAAUAUAAUCCUGGGCUACACCAACAAUUGUAUCCUGGAUAAGCUGUUUAACCCUAGAUGAGGAAAAAGCUGCUCUAAACCUGCUCAUAGUUUUGGAUAGGUUUGAAUAGAGAGUAUAAUGUUCUUAUAAAAGAAAUGGCAUAUAAGUAAAACUAAAGUUUAUAAUGAAAAAUGUAUUGUUAUAAUACUAAGAUGAAAAAUUUAUAAGAAGUAGGUUAAUAUAUGACUAUUUACGGAAG